AGCCCCUCCUGUGCUCCCCGCCCACUCUCCUAGUUCCCUUAUCUGUUGCAUUUCCACACUGAUCCUCCCUUCCCUUCUGUCUUCUCCAGGGAGCCCCGUUCUGGAAGCUGCCAGUACCAGGGCACUGGGGAGGGCUGAGGCCGACCAUGCCCAGUCUGCUGCUGCUGUUCGCGGCUGCUCUGCUCUCCAGCUGGGCUCAGCUUCUGACAGAUGCCAGCUCCUGGUGGUCAUUAGCUAUGAGCCCGGUGCAGAGACCCGAGAUGUUUAUCAUCGGUGCCCAGCCUGUCUGCAGUCAACUUCCUGGGCUCUCCCCUGGCCAGAGAAAGCUGUGCCAGUUGUACCAGGAGCACAUGGCCUACAUAGGGGAGGGAGCCAAGACGGGCAUCAAGGAGUGCCAGCACCAGUUCCGGCAGAGGCGGUGGAACUGCAGCACGGUGGACAACACAUCUGUCUUUGGCAGAGUCAUGCAGAUAGGCAGCCGCGAGACCGCCUUCACCUACGCCGUGAGCGCCGCGGGCGUGGUCAACGCCAUCAGCCGCGCCUGCCGCGAGGGCGAGCUGUCCACCUGCGGCUGCAGCCGCGCCGCGCGGCCCAAGGACCUGCCCCGGGACUGGCUGUGGGGUGGCUGUGGGGACAAUGUGGAGUACGGCUACCGCUUUGCUAAGGAGUUUGUGGAUGCCCGGGAGCGGGAGAAGAACUUUGCCAAGGGAUCGGAGGAGCAGGGCAGAGUGCUCAUGAACUUGCAGAACAACGAGGCCGGUCGAAGGGCUGUGUAUAAGAUGGCAGACGUAGCCUGCAAAUGCCACGGUGUCUCAGGCUCCUGCAGCCUCAAGACCUGCUGGCUCCAGCUGGCCGAGUUCCGCAAGGUGGGGGACCAGCUGAAGGAGAAGUACGACAGCGCGGCCGCCAUGCGCAUCACCCGCAGGGGCAAGCUGGAGCUGGUCAACAGCCGCUUCAACCAGCCCACGCCAGAGGACCUGGUGUACGUGGACCCCAGCCCCGACUACUGUCUGCGCAACGAGACCACGGGCUCCCUGGGCACCCAGGGCCGGCUCUGCAACAAGACUUCAGAGGGCAUGGACGGCUGCGAGCUCAUGUGCUGCGGCCGUGGCUAUGACCAGUUCAAGAGCGUCCAGGUAGAGCGCUGCCACUGCAAGUUCCACUGGUGCUGCUUUGUCAAGUGCAAAAAGUGCACUGAGGUCGUCGACCAGUAUGUCUGUAAAUAGCCGGGGGGCCACUCCCCCGGCCCUUCCUGCACUCUGCCUCAUGAGAGUCUAUAUUAUAUAAAUCUAUAUAAAUCUAUUAUAUAUUUGUAUAAAUGAGUGGAUGGAUGCUAAAUAAUUAAAAGGUGAAAAUGGAAAGGAAAAUCUUAUUUAAGAAAUGCUGGAGAUCUUUGAGGAUUAGACUUUGCUGGUUCCCUACUCCCAGUGGGUGGGCGACAGGGCUUUUUCUCUCCCUCUAAUGAGGACUCUCAGGACAUAGGGACUUGGAAAUAUUUACUGUCUGUCCACCGUGGCCUCAGGGAGAGAGGUUGUGGUUGGCUGGAGGAAAUGAUUUUGUCUGGAGUCUGUCGAUUGGAUGACUGCCUGUGGCCCCAGCCACUAGGCCAGCAGGCCCUGUGGAAGGAAGGUGGCAGGAACUCAGGUUCAACCUUGAUGUCUCCAGGGUCUUGGCCAGAACAUAGACUGGUGCAGUAGGAGCCCAGUGCUUUCCUGCUCUUUCAUUCACGUGCAGAAUCCAGUCACGAGGAUGGCUUCUUCCCCCACGGGAGGAGAGGUCCGAUGCCUCGACCCGCUGGCACACAGGGAUCUGCACCCCCCGACUCCUGGGCCCGUCUUUCCAGCAAGAAUUCUUCCUCUUCCACGGCUCACUAGCUCCUGCCGCAAGUCCCUGCGUGGAGAGCAAGGGGCCGUCCGAGCAGCCGUGUCGGGAAAGACGGACCGAGCCCGUGCGCCUGGGCUGCGUGGACGCCGCCCUCCCACACAGGGAAAGAUGCUCGUGCUGCUGCUGCUGUCACUCCCCCGCCAAGGGGGCUUCCCGGACCACAGGACGGGUCGUCAGGCCAGGCCUGUUGCGCUGUCUUCAUCUCGGCCCCAGAUGUUAGUUUCUCUCUGACAUUAAACACCCUUCACUGA